GUCGUAGCCCUACUGAUGAGUCUGGCUGGCAAUCCCGAGACGAAACGUAUACCGGUACCGUUUGAGAUCACUCCGUUAUUAGGAGGACUGAUCGGUGUAGUGACCGCGUUACUUUUCGUUACCGUAGCUACUCUCGUAGCUAUGAAGAUAAGAAACGAAAGAAGGGCUCAGAGGCCGAGCGAUCUACCGUUAAAGAAGAGUGCCGUUCCUAGUUCCGAGGAUUUGUACGAUACCGACGACAGAAAUCCGGACGUUGUCCCCAUAAACAAAGGUGGUGUUAAAUUUAAAGGUUCAGAUUAUCAAUUGACGGGAUCGAUAUCCGGCACUCCGUUGGCUACGCAGAGCACGCCAGAUAGACUUCCAUCGACUUCGCUCUCUAUACAACAAGUGACUCAUCUGCAAGGAUUAUCACCGUAUUCGCAAGAGUAUAACAAUUAUCCAACAUUGUCGGUAAGUUUCGAUUUAAAAAGUAUUUAAAUAACCCGAGAACUAACUCUUUUC